AUGGACUGCAAGCUUCUUUCCCACCCGGAACGAGACCCCUCGUUUACAGAGAGCGCCAGGGCUAACUUGAAGAAGGCACCAGCGCAGAGAGAGCGGAGAGGUGUUUACAUCCUCAAGGAUGCCGUCUGCCUGUCUCCAUCACCGCUGCGCACAUCGCCGGCUGAUCACAGACAGUCCUUAUUUCCCCCUUCCUUCCUUGCUUGCUUCCUUUAUUUUGGGGGAGAUGAGAAGGAUGGAGCGGUACCCAAUGCUGAAAACAAGGGUGUUCCCAAAAGUUCUCAAGCUGCCGGAAGAACAACACGAUCCUUCCUUUUAGACCGGGCCCGCUCCAACGGCCCGCGCAACGGGCACGGUGCCUCGGUUUGCUGGCGCACCGGUUAUAAACCGAUGCGCAAGCGAGCUGUGCAUUCGGCCGCCACGGCACGCUGUGCCGAUUUCGGAACGGUGCCCACGCAGGGUGGCCCUGAUCCGUGGCCGUGUGUCCCCAGGGAAAUUCAGGAAGGACUCUCUCCCCUUUGGCACCCGAGCUCCCCCUCCGCUCCCGGCCGCCAGCUGCUCUUUGGCUUCCUCAGCACCUGGAGCCCGUCCACAUACGCACAUGCGACCCGGGAAGAAGUGAAACCGGACCCUUUAGAAGCCGGGGGAAGAGAGAGCAGCCAGGACAAGCACGAGGGGGGUGGUUCAGCCGGGAACGCGGGGCGGACACAUACAUCACGUUUUCUGGCCGAGGCGCUUCAGGGUGUGCUGGCCGAUCCUCUGGUGGGGCACAAACCUGGCCAGAGUAUUUACCAUGACAGCUUGAAGGAUUCUCCUGUCCUAAUUUACGCGGAGUUUCUGAAAGAAAUUGAGGUGACCCACUGUAGAUGCUUCGGGUGCUUCUCUAUCCCUUUGAAGCGAAGGAUGAGGAAGAGACCGAGAGUGCUGACGCUGCUGAGCCUUCCUGAAGACGUCCUCUUUCAUGUCCUCAAGGGGCUACCUGCUGAAGACAUCCUUUCCUUGCGCGCUGUCCACUCUCAUCUGAAAUACCUUGUAGAUAACCAUGCUAGUGUUUGGGCAUGUGCGAGUUUUCAAGAAGCGUGGCCUUCGCCGAGCAACUUGAAAAUGUUUGAAAGGGCUGCCGAGAAGGGCAACUUCGAAGCUGCUGUGAAACUGGGAAUAGCCUAUCUCUACAACGAAGGCUUGUCUGUCUCCGACGAGGGCCGUGCAGAGGUGAACGGCUUGAAAGCCUCACGUUUCUUCAGCCUGAUGGAGCGCUUGAACGUCUGCGCGGCCCCUUUCGUCUGGCUCUUCAUCCGCCCUCCCUGGUCUCUGAGCGGGAGCUGUUGUAAAGCCGUGGUCUACGAGAGCCUCAAAGCGGAAUGCCAGGAGCAGCAAGCUCAGAGAGGAUCGAUUCUGUAUUGCCUGGCUAAGGUGCUCCAGCUCUUUGAGGAUGAAGAAAGAAAGAAAGAAGCCCUGGAAAUGUUCGAGACGUCCUCGCAGCAAGGCUGUUUGCACAGCUCCUACCUCCUCUGGGAAUACAACAGGAAAGCAGCCAUGUCAGACCCUGGUAGGUACCUCCAGAGCCUCAGGAAACUCAGGGACUAUGCUGCUAAGGGGUCCUGGGAGGCCCAGAUAGCGCUCGCCAAAGCCUGCGGAAACGUAAACCAGCCGGGGUUGGAAGCCAAAGCCUCUUGCGAGCUGGUGUCUCAGCUCUUCCAGGCCUCUCUCCCGCUCAGCAAGCAGAGCAUCUUCAGCGUUCAGAAGGGAAUGAAUGAGACCAUGAGGUACAUCCUGAUCGAUUGGCUGGUGGAAGUGGCCACCAUGAAGGAUUUCUCCAGCCUCUGUCUCCACAUGACCGUGGGUUGCGUGGACCGGUACUUGAAAAUGAGGCUCGUGCCCCGGGCUCGCCUUCAACUUUUGGGCAUUGCAUGCAUGGUUAUUUGUACACGCUUUAUCAGCAAAGAGAUUUUGACGAUACGGGAAGCGGUUUGGUUGACGGACAACACAUAUAAAUAUGAAGAUCUGGUCCGGAUGAUGGGAGAGAUCAUCUCUGCCCUGGAAGGCAAGAUACGGAUCCCCACUAUUGUGGACUACAAAGAAGUGCUUCUGAGCAUCAUCCCACUGGAGAGAAGAACGGCGCACCUGUACAACUUCAUCUGUGAGCUCUCCCUCCUCAACACGGGCCUCUGCCAGUACUCGCCUGCCUGCCUGUCUGCUGCCGCACUGUUGCUAGCCAAAGUCCUCCACCGGCAAGCUCAUCCUUGGACGAGCCAGUUAUCUGAAUGCACGGGAUUUUCCCUUGAAGAGCUGAAACUCUGCAUGCUAAGUCUCCACAAGAAGUGCUUCCACGAUGAUGUUCCAAAGGAUUACAGGCAGGUGUCCCUGACUGCUGUGAAGCAGCGGUUUGAAGAUAAGCGCUACGAAGAAAUCGGCAAAGAAGAGGUGAUGAGUUACAGCCAGCUCUGCUCGCUGCUGGGAGUGAAGCAGGAAGACCCAGAGCCCAAUUCUUGGCACGCGAGCAUGGUGGAAACCUUCCUUGCUUCUCCAUCAGGGAAGAGAACUAAAAGGAGAAGGGAAGACAGCAUCCAGGAAGACCGGGGCAGCUUCGUUACGACCCCCACUGCUGAGCUGUCCAACCAGGAGGAGAGUCUUCUGGACGACUUCCUAGACUGGAGCUUGGAUUCCUGCUCGGGUUAUGAAGGAGAUCAAGAAAGCGAAGGAGAGAAGGAAGGGGACGUUACAGCUCCCAGCGGGGUCCUGGACGUCGCUGUAGUCUACGUGGAUCCUAAAGACCAUUGCUGUGACGACUCCAGUGACGAAGAGUGCCUUGCUAAGGAUGGAUCUGCACACGACCUGCGACCAAGUGACCCGCCAGGUGGGGCGAAGAGGUGGCUCGUGUGCCACACCCUCCGAGAAACCACUCUGGAAGCCAGCUCCGGGUAUUCCUCCGUCAGCAGCGCCACCCCUCCUCUUGCCAUGAACUGCCCCUUCGGUGCGGCUCCCAAAACUACCUCAGCGCGGCCUCCGGGCCCCGCGAAGGACCGAGGCCUCCCUCCACCUCGGGAUGCAAAACCAUGUUUGCCUUCCGUCUGCACUAGGCCCGGCAAGAACAGCAGCCGGAGGCGGGUGAAGAGGAAAAACAUGGCUGAGUACAGUGAAGCGGAAAGGAUGAAUUUGGGCUUCAUAAGCCUUUGA